AUGGCUUUGAUCAAGAACAAAUCCUUAUUCGCUUCUUUUAUGAUUUUUGUGGCACUCUUUGUUGGGGGCACCGUUCACAAUGUCGGAGACACGAAAGGAUGGACCAUGAUGGGCGUUGAUUAUGAGGCAUGGGCUUCUUCAAGAACUUUUCAAGUCAGAGACUCUUUGAUCUUCGAAAACAACAAAGACUACCACGACGACAAAACUAGCGUUCCGGCCUCGUUAGGUCCGGCUGCAGCUCCUGUUCCUAGACAGGUCCGGUCACCAAGCUUAUCCUUGUCUCCUUUGCCUGAUUCAACGGUUAAUAAUGGUCCAAGGAAAGAAUCAGCAUCGACCAUGAAGACCACAAUCAUGAGUUUGUUAAUUGUGGUAUUACCACUAAUCGGUUUAUCUCAUGCUGCAUCCUUUUACGAGGUUGGAGACUUCAACGGAUGGACGACAAAGAUGGGGGUUGCCUAUUACAAGACAUGGUCUUCUUCAAAGACUUUCUACGUUGGAGAUGCUCUCAUCUUUCAAUACAACAAGGAUAUCCACAACGUGAUUGAAGUGAACUUCAGAGAUUAUGAAUCGUGCAACCCUAACUCAGCUCUGGCAAGAUAUAAAUCAGAGUAUGAACCGGUUAAACUUAACAGAACCGGGCACUAUUACUUCAUAUGCGGUUUUACUGGUCACUGCGAAGCUGGUCAAAAGCUGGAGGUCCUAGUCAUGCCUGCUUCUCUGCAGAAUACUACCAUUAUUCAACAAAACAACACCUCUUCUUCUAACCCUAAACCUAAUCCUGUUAAUGCUAAGCCUAAUCCUACGCCUAAACCUAAACCUUCUCCUUCGCCACCUUUAGAGGAUCCUCUUGUGGUUCUUCCAGUAGAUGAUGCAACGAUUGCUUCACUUCCUCACAAUGCGGUCUCAAACCCUCGUGUGUGGAGUGGCUUAAGCAUGCUCUCCUUAAUUCUUCUAAAAAGCCUAGUUUCUUCUUGA